AUGGGGGAGAGAGAGCAGACAAGGAGGGAGUUCUCUGUUGUUAUAAACAAUCAGAUUGCUGAAAGAAAAGGAGAUGUGAAUAGAUGGAGUGGUGGUGACGGAGGGAUCCCUGUAUACAAGGACUAUGUCGUGAUGAUGGAAGAAGAUGGACAAGGCACGACGUUUGAUAUCUUAAUUGGCCUACAUUCAUUUGAUGACUUGGUUUUUGGUCUGCUUAAUGGGCUGGAAAUCUUUAAGUUGAGCGACCUUGAAAACAAUUUAGCUGCUCCAAGUCCAAAACCUUGCGUUGGUAGAAGGAUUUUCAACUUCUUGGAAACUGGAAACUGA